UAUAAAUAAAUAAUUAUAAAGCAACGAGUGGCGUAACAUAAAACACAACAAAACCGCGUUAGCCGGUUGUUCCAAACCAUCUCGCUCGCACGCAUCUAAGAUCGUCGUAGACUUCAAUUUUAUCAAAUUUAUUGUUGAAUUUUAUCCAAUGAUUUCGCUGCUGCAAAUGAAAUUCCAUGCGCUUUUGUUGUUGCUAUCAAAAGUGUGGACAUGCAUCUGUUUCAUGUUCAAUCGCCAAGUGCGAGCUUUUAUCCAGUAUCAACCGGUUAAAUAUGAACUCUUCCCGCUGUCACCCGUCUCGCGCCAUCGCCUGAGCCUGGUGCAGCGAAAGACGCUGGUUUUGGACCUGGACGAGACCCUGAUACACUCCCAUCACAAUGCGAUGCCCAGGAAUACGGUGAAACCGGGAACGCCGCACGAUUUUACAGUCAAAGUGACGAUCGAUCGGAAUCCAGUGCUUUUUGUACAUAAGCGACCGCAUGUUGACUACUUCCUGGAUGUGGUCUCGCAGUGGUACGACUUGGUCGUAUUUACGGCUAGCAUGGAGAUCUACGGAGCGGCGGUGGCGGACAAGCUGGACAAUGGCCGGAACAUUCUCCGGAGGCGAUACUACAGACAACAUUGCACGCCAGACUAUGGCUCAUAUACCAAAGACCUGUCGGCCAUAUGUAGUGAUUUAAAUAGGAUAUUCAUCAUUGACAAUUCGCCGGGAGCGUACCGCUGUUUCCCCAACAAUGCCAUACCCAUCAAGAGUUGGUUCUCGGAUCCAAUGGACACGGCGCUGCUGUCGCUGCUGCCCAUGCUGGAUGCCCUGAGAUUCACCAACGAUGUGAGAUCGGUGCUGUCACGGAACUUGCAUCUGCAUCGCCUCUGGUAGCAGGUGGGCCUCCUUUCGCUAGUGUAGUCUAUCUAACUUUUUCGAAGGAGCGCAGUGUUGAGAUACCUUCUUCAGAAAUUAACAACAACAACAACAAAUGGUGGUGCUGUGACACAUUAACGAAUUUUUUUUUCAUUAUUUUUACAUAUGUCAGUCUAAUUGAGGAAACAAGAAAAGAAAAAAGUAAGCUAAAAGUUCAGAAGAGAGAGAUAGAGAGAGCUCUAAAAUCGAUAGUUUUCUUAUUUCGUUAAUAUACUUAAUGAGACUAUAUAGAUUUUUGUAACAAGCUAAAAACACGAAUGCAUACAUAUUUUGUGUAACAAUUUUCCUGCUUGUUUUUCGAUUGAUUUUCCUCCUGUAAAUGUUGGAGUUGUUUGUAGACCGUGUAUGUAUGGAUGUUUUGAAUAUAUAUUAAUAUAUAUGUAUAUGUAUAUAUAUGUAU